AUGUUCGGACACAAGACUGCAGGCUGCAUUACCACGCAGAGAUUAGAGGCGUCCACGCAUGAUCUAUUCAGACUCAUGACUUACAGGGGCUUGAUCUGGGGCGUCUAUUGGUGGAGUGCUGUCAAGGGUAAGAAAUUGACAGCCAAAGACACGAAUGUCCUGACACCCCGUGUCCGUGCAACCGUCUUGGGAGAAACCGUCAGCUAUCCGUUCCCUCAGAAGAACGCCUGCAGCACCUUGAAGAACAGCAAGUGUCCUCUGGAAGCCGGCGAGGACGUGACCUACCAGCUGAGCAUGCCAGUUCUCAAGCAUUACCCCAAGAUCCCGCUCACCAUCGAGUUCGCCUUCCUCGACGACAAGGAGAACGUCGUCGUCUGCUUCGCCCUUCCCGCUAAGGUCGCCGACAAAUAGAUUCGCUUACAUAAUACAUUGUACAACGUUUCCAUCGUCCAAGAGCUUCAUAUUUCGAGGAAGUUUGUCAAGUACCUUAUACCUGAUAAGAUAUUUAUUUUAUAAUAGCCUUUAUGUAACUUUUGAAUGAAUAAAAAUUCCUUUUUUAAACGACAUGGACUAUAGCAGUGUAUUGCUUUGCUGCAUUUUAAC